AUGGUGCUUAGGGGUAUGGCAGUGGAUGGAAUGUAUGAGGUUGAGAAAUUACAUUUCAAUGAGUCUCUUCAACUAUUUAAUUCGAUAGUUUUUAGAGGAAAUGCUCCUGAUAUGGAUUAUAUGGAGCUAUCGAAAAAUGUGGUUGAGCAUGCUGGUGGCCUUCCAUUGGCAAUUACAGUUUUGGGUAAACAAUUUCGUUCCCUCCGUAUUCAGAGCCUAAAAAGUUGGGAAAUGGCGUUGGAGAAACUAAAAAUUCUUCCUCAUAAUGAUAUUCACAAUGCGUUGAGAAUAAGCUAUGAUGGGCUAGAGAAAGAAGAGAAAGAUAUCUUUCUAGAUAUUGCAUGUUUCUUCAAAGGGAGGUGUAGACAUUUUGUGGAAGAGAUACUGAAUGGUUGUGAUUUUUUCGCAAGUAUAGGUGUGGAUAUUCUCAUUGACAAGUCCCUCAUAACUAUUGAUCCUCGUUAUAAUGGGCUUCAAAUGCAUGAUCUAUUGCAAGAAAUGGGUAAAAAAAUAGUUUGUCAAGAAGCUACAGAACUUGGAGAGCGCAGUAGGCUAUGGAUUACUAAAGAGGCUUGUCAAGUCCUAGAGAACAAUGAAGGGACUGCAAAAGUUGAAGGAAUAUUCCUAGACUUGUCCAAAAUUGAUGAAGAGAUACACUUGGAACCUACAGUUUUCAGAAAGAUGUCUAAUUUGAGAUUGCUCAAAAUUUACAAUUCCUCUUCUGUCAAGAAAGGCAAAUUGUACCUUCAAGAUCUCCAGUAUCUUCCUCGUUCACUUAGGUAUCUCGAAUGGCAUGAAUAUCCUCUAAAAUAUUUACCAUCAAACUUUAAGCCAAAAGGAAUAUUCCUAGACUUGUCCAAAAUUGAUGAAGAGAUACACUUGGAACCUACAGUUUUCAGAAAGAUGUCUAAUUUGAGAUUGCUCAAAAUUUACAAUUCCUCUUCUGUCAAGAAAGGCAAAUUGUACCUUCAAGAUCUCCAGUAUCUUCCUCGUUCACUUAGGUACCUCGAAUGGCAUGAAUAUCCUCUAAAAUAUUUACCAUCAAACUUUAAGCCAAAGAAUCUUGUUGACCUAAAGAUGCCCUACAGUCACCUUGAGCAACUUUGGGUUGGAGUCCAGGACCUUGAAAAGUUAACAGACAUUGAUCUAAGACACUCAAUUCACCUAACUCAAAUUCCGGAUCUGUCACGUGCUCCAAAUCUUGCGAGAAUAAAUCUCCAGUAUUGCACAAAUUUGUUUCAAGGUCCUUUGCAUACUCAGCAAAAUCUUAACAAGCUUCAGAGUGUUCCAGAUAGAAUAUUUGAUGCUGCCUCUAUGACAACUCUUACUCUCAACACUCUUCCAAUGACUAUAACCCGGAGCGUCGUGUCUUUAAAUUUAAGUUCAACUGGAAUAACGUCUUUGCCUUCAUCAAUUGUCUCUCUCAAUAAUCUUUCGAAAUUGUCUCUCAGAAACUGUACAAGACUUGCAAGUCUUCCAAGUUGCAUGAAUAAGCUGGAUUCUCUAAAGGAACUUCGAUUAGACGGGUGCUCAAUUCUUGAGAUGUUUCCAGAGCUUCCAUUGAAUAUAAUGAAGUUGGAUAUUGGAGGGACAGCAAUAAAGCAUGUGCCCUCAUCAUCAAUUGAGGAUCGAUUUUAUCUCUGGAGUAUUAAAAUGUCCAAUUGUAAAAGUCUUACGAGUUUACCAUCCAACAUUUUUAAGAUGAGGUCACUUCGUAAUCUUAAUCUUAAUGGUUGCGCAAAUUUGAAGUGCCUUCCUGAAAUCUUAGAUCCUAUGAAAAUUUUAAAAUGGCUUUGUUUACGCGGAACGGGGAUUAGAGAGCUACCAAUAUGUGAUAUGGCUAACCUUUCGGAUCUCGAUCUUUGUGAUUGUGCAAAACUUGAAUAUUUUCCAAUCUCAAGUGAUUUCCACCGUUGGAAUCUGAAAUCUCUUGAUCUCAGUCGGUCUAAUAUAAUAGCAAUCCCUGCAAGCGUCAGAGGGCUUUCUAUGCUGAGAAGGAUUUCCGUAAACAAUUGCAAGAAUCUUCGUUCAAUACCAGAGCUUCCAUUGGGUUUACGAUCUCUUUAUGCAAGCAGGUGCCCGUUGUUGGAAGUGGUGUCAAAUUCAAAGAGAGCACUCACACAAGAGUUUUGGGAUUAUGUUCAAAAUGAAAAGGACAAUGGCUGUCAAGUCUCAAUAUUUUGUGAUUGCUUGAAAUUGGAUCAGACGCAGCGUCAAAGUAUUUUAGUGGAAUUCCAGCUUAGAGUUUUUCGGACCGCUACACGAUUUAGAUGUAAAUUCAGCUUACAGAGUUUGCCUCGUUGGAUUGGUGCGUGUUGUCUGGGUUAUGAAAUUCCAAAGUGGUUUGAGUAUCAAUCAGAGGGACCUUUUAUUGAUAUAAAGCUUCCACUGGAAAGGCAGAAUUUCAACUUCCUGGGUAUUGUAUUUUGUGUUGUUGGUUACUCUUAUUCCGAAUGCAAAUACAUGGAUUUAAGAUGUAAAGUCAAUCUUAAAGCGAACCAGGGGGAAAACAGAGAAUUCACUUCAGUGUUUGAUUAUAUUCAAGAAGUUUGCAUGAAGUUUUCAAGUAAUGUGUGGAUGUGGUAUGUGCCUGGUGACUAUCAUAAAUGGCUCAAUGCAGUGGAGGCGUCAUUUGACUUUUCAUUCCAUGAAUGGGAUAGGAGAAAACGUGGACGGUUUAAGACUUCCAAGCAUGAAGUGAAGAAAUGUGGGAUCCACCUGGUAUAUCAAAAAGAAAUAGAGGAAUUCAGAUUCAAUUUCAUGAAUGCUGGUCAACAUCAUGUACUUGAGGAAUCAGCAGCCGAGCAGCCUGAAUCCAUUGCACGCGGAACCGUCGACUUUGAUACAGAUGAACCACAUCUCAAGAGAAUUAAAUUUACAGAUUCCUUUGACUGCUGA